AUGUCGUAACUUCUAAUGGUGUGGUUAAAUGAUGAAGUAUAAUUAAGUAAGAAGGUAACAUCAUUCGAACAUGAUUUCAGUAAUGGAUAUCUUUUUGGUGAAUUAUUGAGCAAAUUCAAUCAAUAGCUAAAUUUUGAAGAAUUCUCAAAUAAGUAAAAAAAUAAGGUAAUGAGAUAGAGAUGUUCGAGAGGCUAAAAUGAAGAAUUUCUAAUUACUUGAACCAACAUUUAAGACAUUACAUAUUUCAUUUAAUUUUUAGAUGGCAGAUUAAGUUAUAAAAUGUAAAAAAGGAGUGGCUAUGCAAUUAUUAUAUUAAUUAUAAAUGGUAUGAGAGAUAUGAUAUUUUAUAAGUAAUUGUAAAAAGUGAAUGAUCCACAUGAUGUGAUGAUGCAUGCUAAAACAGGGAAAUAUAAUGUGAUUUAACCUCUAAUGGUCAUUAGAUAACCAAAAGAUUAAUUCGAUAAAAUGGAAUAAGAUUUUUUUAUAUAGAAAUUGAAUGAAAGAAAUAAGGCUUAAAAAGAUGUAAAUUUAGAGAAACAUUUAGGCAAAUUUACAACAUUUGCUAUUUAAUAGGCAGAAAAAGAGAGAAGAUUAAAAAUAAAGGAAGAAACAGAAGAGAGGAAUUUAAAAGAAGAAAUGCGUAAGAUUCAAUUAAAUAAAUUAUAAAGAAAUAUGGCAUUUAUGGAAGAUUGGAAUUAAAAAGGAAUUGAAAAUUGGAAGAAAAAUUAAUAGAUUAGAUAUAAAAAUAAAGUAAAUGAUGAUAAAUUUAAAUCAACAAUGCAAAAAAUAGCAGAAGAUAGAUUAGUAUAAACUUAAGAGUUUUUGAAAAGUGAAAUGGAAUAAUAGAUUGAAUAAUUUGAAAAUAGAUAAAAAGAUGAACCUGUUAGUUUAGGAUUAAGAAAUAAAAUGAUGAAUGAAUUUUUAAGAAAAGAGAGAGAUAAAAGAAGAAGGAAAAUGAUUGUAGAUUAAGAGAAAUAGACAGAUGAAUUAUAAAGAAGAGAAUAUUGUGUUUUAGAGAAACUUAAAUAAUAGAGUAGAUAAGAAAAAGAAAUUAUGUAUGAAAUAUGGAGAGCAUUUUAAUGUAAAGAAGUAAUUUGUGAAAAUAGAAAAUUAAGAGAUGAGAACUAUAGAAAUAAAUAAGAAUUAAAUGUUAUUAAUUAGAAAUUUAAAGAAGAAGAAAUGUUAAGAUCAUUAUAAUAAGAAUUUAAUGAAGAAAUUGAAUUAUAAUAAAAAAGAUAAUUAGAAAUUAAUGUUGAAUAUAAAUUAUUGAUUAGAUAAUAGAAUUAUGAAAAAUGUAGAAAAUUAGUUGAAAUUCUAUUUGAAAUUGAAGAAUAAGUUUAUGAACAUCUAUAAAAUCAUGAUUCAAAUUAAAUAAAUGAAUAAUUCACUAGAGAAAAUAAUCAUUUAUUUGAAUAAGGAAUGGAUUUAAUACCAUAUAAAAGAUUUAGAACAUAUGAUCCCAUCAACGAAAUGAAAAAAUAAGAGAAUUAAAAUUAUAAAUAAAAAAUGUUUUUAGCUAAAAUGGAGAUGUAAGAUUACUUAGAAGGUACUGGAGCAUGGAAUAUUUAUUAAGCAUAGAAUAAUUAUACUCUAGGAAAUUUAGUGAGAUAUUUAAUUGAAAGUUAAUUUGAAAUUAUUAAUACAGAACAAAUAGAACUCAAUAUACCUUAUGUUCCAUUUAGAGGAUCUGUGAUAGGAUUUGCAUUUAGUGGUAAAAGUACUAUAAGUGAAUUAUUAAGUAAGAAAUAUGGAAUUACUUUAUUAUAUGUUGAUGUUAUAAUAAAUGAAUUAUUAGAAUAUAUAAGUAAAUAUUAAUAAGGAGAAGAACAUUCAUAGAUUUGGGAUCAAUAAUAAAUUGAAUUAGGUCAAUCUAUAUCUAAUUAUUUAUUAGAAGGAGAAAAUAUUCCUGAUGAAUUAUAUAUUAAAGCUAUUGUAUAAAAGAUUAAAAGAACCUUUGAAUAGUAAACAUUUGAAUAGAUUUAUGAGGAAUAAAAAGAGAAAUGUCAAAAUCAUAAUGUUAAAAUGAUAAAAACUAUUGAUGAUUUCAAUGAUGAUGGUAUUAAUUGGGAGGAUUUUCAUAGAAAUAACAUGAUAAAUAAUAAACCAUAUUGUAAAGGUUGGUUAUUAGUUGGUUUUCCUCAUACUUAUGAUUAAGCAAAAUUAUUGGAAAAAUAUCUAACAAAUAUACAACCAUAAGAUGAACCUACAGCAUUAUAAGCUAGAUUAGAUGAAGCAGCUAGGAUUGUUAAACCAAAUGAAUAUUAAAAGGUUCCAAGAAGUAAAUAAGAGAGUGGAGUAGGAGUUUGUGUAUAUUUAGAAAUGCCAUCUAAUGAAAUGUGUUUAAGAAGAGCUAUUGGUAGAAGAUAUGAUAAUCAUAAUCAUUCUUUAUAUCAUUUAGAUUCUAAUCCUCCUCCUGUUGACAAUGCUCCUUUAAUUGAAAGAAUUCAACCUUUAUAUGAAGUUGACAAUCUUCAAUAAUAGAUUUCAGAUAAAAAUUCAUAUUUUAUGACUUAAAUAGAAGGAGUUAAAAAUUGGUAUAAUAGUUUUGAAUCUAAAUUUGGUUCAAAUAUAUAAAAUGCAUUUAUAACAAUUGAUGCAUCUAAUAAUUAUGAAAGAGUAUUUUAUGAUAUAGAUUAAGUAUUUUAAAACUUUCUUUAAAUUCAAGUUAAUUAAAUUUAAUAGAAAUAUGAGAAUCAAUAAAAUAAAAUAUUAGAACAAGAAGAAUUACUUAAAUAAUAAUAAGAAUAAGAAGAAUUAGAUAAGAAAUGUUAAUUUAAAUAAGUUUAAUUAGAUACAUUACCUAUGAAAUAGCCAAAUUAAACAUUAUUAAAAUAUUUAAAUAGUUUUUGGAAUCUUAUUGAAAAUAAAUAUAUGUCACUUUAAAAUAUUUUCAAGGGAUUUAGAGAAUAAAGAGAAUUUAUUACUAAUUAUUAAAUGGAUAUACAAAGAAAAUUUAUAGAUUUAAUUAAUACACCAGAUGAAAAAUUUUAUUUUAUUAGAAAUUUUUAAGAAUAAUAUAAUGAAUUUAUUUUGGAGAAUCCUGAUUUAUGUGAAGAAGAAGUUUGUAAAGAAGAAUUACAUUAGAGAGUAGAUGAUUUAUAUGAUUAAUUAAUAGAUAUAAUAGAUUAAAAGAGAGAUGAUUUAAUAGUUGAAAAAUCAUAAAUAUAAACAUCUUAAUUUAUAGAAAAUGAAAUAGAUCUUUAUUUAUUAUAAUUAAAGUAAAUGCUAGUAAUAGAAUUAGAUCGAGCAACUAAUUCUAUUUAAUUAUUAAAUGAUUAUUAUGGAACAUAAGAGGGAAUAGAAUUAUAAGAUAUUUAACCACCUGUUGGAGAAUUAUAAUUGAUAGAUGGUGAUGAUCCAUAAAUUAGAUUAGAUAAAUUAAUAGCUGAUACUUUAAGAAUAUUUGCUGGAGAAGAAGAGAUAAUAGAAGAUAAAAAUAAGAAAGGAACAAAAUAACCUGCAAAAAAAGAAGAGAAAAAAGGAAAAAAAGGAAAAGAAGAAGAAAUUAUAAAAAAAGAAUUAUAAAAUGUAGAAGCUGUAAAUGCUAUCAAUUUAGAAAAAUAAAUUUUUAAAGAAAGAGUUGAUGUAAUUAAAAAAUAUGCUUAAUAAACUAUUCUAAAAUAUAAAUAAGCUGCUGAUUUAUUAUAUUCUAAAUUAGAUGAAUGGAUUCAUUAUACACAUUUAACUGAAAUUAAAGCAUUAGAUGCCAUAUCUAAUCUAUUUAGAGGAUAUAUAGAAAGAGGUGAAAGAAUUUAAAAAGAACUCUAAUUAUAAUUUGUUGAUGUCAUUAUUAACCAUGAAGUUCUAAAUUUCUUAACUCCUAUUCCUCCUCCUUUAAAAGCUAGAGAACCAUUAAGUAAGGAUAGAUUUUCAAUAUCUCAAUUAUAUUAUUUAAUUGAAGACUUAAGAGCAAUCACUAGUACUCAUUUGCUUAUUGAUAUUAAAUAACUUGCAUUGCUUUUAUCUAGAUCAUCUUAUGGAGUAUUAAAAUUAACACCAUCAUAAUGGAUGAAAGUUCUCAAAGUACUUGAUCAAAAUGGGUAAUUUAAUUUAUAUAUUCUAUUUUUAGUUAUGUGAAUGUAAGAUAAAUUUGUACUUAUUUAAUCUUAUUAUAAUCACCAACUCCAAAGGAAGAAGAAUUGAAAAUCUAUUAAUCUUAAUUAAAUGGACCUUUAGUAAAUAAAGAAAACUUUGUUAAUACACCAGCUUGGUUUGAUGAAUUUGAAAAGGUUGAAGAUGAAGAAAGUAUAAAUUAUAGUAAAUCUUUUAGAUACAAACUAUUUUGAUAGAAUUAUAUACAUAAAAGAACUUCUAUUCUUUGUUCAUAAAGAUGAAAAUGAUUAAUUAGCUACAAAAUACUAUUUAGAAAUUUUGAAUGUAAAAGGAGAUAGAUUUAUUGACUUUUUGUUCUAAAAUCUUUAAGAAUUAUGA